AUAGAGGUUGAGGGAAAUAAAUUCUCUAGUAAAUCAUGACUUCUUCCUCUAAUUAUUUUUUUCUUGUUUCACUGGUAGUCUUGUUACUAUUUUUCUUAGGAUCUACUUUGACCAUGGCCUCAACAAAAGACAUUGAUUCCAUAUGCAAUGAUUCUUUUGUCCAUAACCAUAACAAAACGUUAUGCCUGCAAACGCUCACAGCGUAUCCUCCCGCCGUCUCUGCAACUAACAUGGUCAAUCUUGUGAAAGUCACAGUCGACCUUGUAAGGACCCAAGCUAAAAAAAGGGCAGGUUUCGUUGCCGGAUUGGAAAAAGAGCCUACAUUUAAUAAAACGAUGUGCUAUGAAUCAUAUAUCUCAAUAGUGGAGAAUUUUAGAAGUGCUCGAUUAGAAAUUGAGGAUAACGAUGCGCAGACUGCAAGCUAUGAUAUCAUGGUUAGUUUUGACCAAACAAAAAUCGUGAAGGAUCAAGUCGGAAAGAACACAGACAAGACCUCAAAGAGGCUUAUGGAGAUGACAUUAGUCAUGGAGGAUUUCAUUGCUAUAGCUGUUGGAGCCAUCAACAGAAUAUGACGCAAUUAUUGAACUUUUCAUGUGCUCAAAUCCCAAAAGAUAAUAUUUAAAUUUGAAAUAUGACUAUAAAUUUCAAUUCUGAUUAAUAAAUGCAGCAUAUCGGCAAUAUUGGUGAUAUUAAAUGU